AUGGAUAAAUCUGAAUUGGAUAAAUUCAUAAGGAGAGUGAACACAAAAAUUCCGACUCGGAAAGAAUGGAUGGUGGAAAUUGCGACGAUCCCCAUUAAAGAUUUAAUGGACAUAGUCAACAAGACCACACUGAUCUCGAAAGACCUGAAGGAGGGGAAAAUUACCCUACAGAAAGUUUUCAUUUCAAAAAUAUCUCACGUAGUCUCUUAUAUGAAGGAUAAUCCAACGUUAAUCAAUCUUACAGAAGAAGAAAGAGAAAAGUUGAAUAAUUUGGAGUCAGAUCUUAUUAUUGUUACACCGCCAACUCCGAUGAGUGAGGGUAAAAAGAUUAGAACGUACUCUGGCACCUCCAGUGAGAGAUCAGCAUCAAGCAGAUCAACGAGGAAAACAGCGAAGGCGAAGUCGAUUGCUACUGGUGUGAACCAAGGAAAUGAUACACUUUCCACGAAUUCAAUUGACUUUAUGAAUUCAGAAGCGUUUCAGUUACCAUCAAAUCCACAAAUUCAAGAUCAAAUAGAACCAGGAGAACCUUCGGGUCAUUCGACUCCGAUAGAAACCGAGACUGUUGGUCAGAAAACGAUAAUCGAGGUUAUCAAGGAGUCAACUCAACCUGAGACAAGUGAUCAGCUUAAAGAGGUGGAAGUCGUCCCGUCAACAUCGAAAGGCAUCACGAAUGAAAAGAAGAAUAUUGAACUGCAUUUGUCAAAAGAUGAUUGCAUCUCAGAAAGCUCAGAAGAAGAACAGGAUAUACCAAGUAUUGAAGGCCUGGAGGGGUUAGACGAGGUAAUGGACUCACCGCCAAGAAACCCAUUGAAAAGAAAAUUCGGCUCGAUAGACCUGCAUAAGGAAACAAUAAAAGUAAGGUUGGAUAAAACAAGGAAGAUAAAGAAGGUAUUUCAUCGGGUUGAAGAAAAACCAAUUCCAAGUUCUUGGAAACCCUGGUCUUCAUCACUCAUGGAUCCUAUUGUUUUGGUCACUCACAUUUCGAUACCUCCAUCUAAGCUUAUGCAAGAAAUAUCUCAAGCUCUUAAAUCGAAAGCUCUAGAAGCUUUCCCAGCUAAAAUUAUAAAAGGCAGAGAUGCAAUAAGAGUUGUAUGCUCUGACCUGCAAGAUAUUCAACUGGCAAAGUCAUCGUUAUUGGCAUGGAAUUGCGAUUUGACCAUUAAAAAUCCAAGCUGUUUCGACCCGAAGAUCAAACUCACGAAAAUACCAAUGAAUAUUGAAACGGACGAACAAGCAACGGCAUUAGUGGACAGGUUAAUGAUACAAAACGGCGCUGGAGGUAAAGGAAAUUGGUCCUUCUCUAUGCGUUUUGCUUCAAAACAGUUAAAUAGAACGGACAUCAUAAUCAACGUCUCCCCUCGAAUUAGGGAUUUCGUACAAGAAAGAAGAGGAAAAUUUUUCUUCAAUUUCAAAGAGAUCACGGUCGUUGACUAUUUUCAUGUGAGCCUUUGUUAUCGUUGUUUCUCAUACGAUCACUCUGCUAAACUGUGUAAAAACCAGAUCUGUUGUCGAUACUGUUCAGGCUCUCAUGACGGUAAGACUUGCGGGGUCAAAUUCAAUAAGAACGCCUACAGAUGCGACGUUUGUAAGCGAAAGGGAAAAGAAGAAAAUCAUACUCCUUUCGAUUGGGAAUGCCCUGAGUAUCAGCGUCGACUACGACACGCAAUUCAGCUUAUUAAUUAUGAUUAUCAGUGGAUAAUGAGAGAGUGAAGUGUCAAAUUUUUCUCAUUGAAAAUCCCUGAAUAUUCAAAAAAAAAAAAAA